AUGGUGGCCAGGCCCAAUCUGUCGGCCGCAAAAUUCGAACAGCCCACUGGCCUGCUGGCACUUCGGCGCUUCCUCGAGGAAACUCUUCAGCUGCCGGGUAACGCCGUCGGUGGCGGUAAUCGGUGCCCAUCUGCUGCCACCGAUCAGGGCAGCUCAGCCACGACCGGUCCCGGCCCCACUGAAAACCAACUCUAUUUGGGCUUUGGCACCCGCAAGGAGCUUUGA